AUGGCAACACGCCAGACAGUGAAUUUGGAAGCUUUUGUGUACGAGCUGGGUUCAUUAGGGAUGGGGAGGCUUCGGUUCAACGUGCCAUAUCCUACCCUCUAUGCUCUAGAUUCUGAUUACAAAGAUGCAAAGCUUUUCAACUGUGCUCAGAGAGGGCAUCAGAACUCGCUGGAGAUGAUGCCCAUGUUUUUCACGCUGAUGAUGCUGGGAGGGAUGAGGCAUCCUCGCACAUGCGUGGCGCUUGGUUUACUCUACGCCGUGUCUCGCGUUCGGGAAAUAUGGCUUCUUGGCCUUGUUGGGAGAGAGAAAGUGAGAGGAGGGGAAGAGAUGGAAAUAAGGAAGGAAUCUGAUAUAUGUGAGUGUAGAUAG